AUGGGUAUCGUUGUCCUCCUUGUUUAUGUGGAUGAUAUCGUCAUCAUCGGCUCUGACUUGGAGGCAAUCUUUGCAGUUCAGACUUUGUUGCAUUCUACUUUCCACAUGAAAGAUCUUGGUCAGCUCACUUAUUUCUUGGGUUUAGAGAUCCAUCAUCAACCUCAUGGUCUCUUCUUGCAUCAACACAAGUACAAUCAAGAUCUGGUUCAGUUGACACCCUCAUGGAACUUAAUAAAGUUCAUGCAAGCCCCAAGGCAUCACCAUCUCUCUGCCGUUCGCCGCAUCAUUCGCUAUAUUCUUGGCACACCUAGUCGUGGCUUGUUCUUCCCUACAGGUUUUUCCCUUCAGCUCCAAGCCUAUAGUGACGCUGAUUGGGCCGGUUGCCCAAACACCAGGAGAUCUACUACUGGCUGGUGUAUGUUUCUUGGUGAUGCCCUUAUCUCUUGGAAAUACAAGAAGCAAAACCACGUCUCUAAAUCAUCCACUGAGGUAGAGUAUCGCGCCAUGUCUGCUGCGUGCUCUGAGAUCAUUUGGCUGCGUGCUCUCCUCACAGAGCUUGGGUUCAAUCCACUUCAUCCUACUCCAUUGCAUGCUGACAACACAAGUGCCAUCCAAAUUGCAGCCAACCCCGUCUAUCAUGAACGCACCAAGCACAUCGAGGUUGACUCUCACUCAAUCCGAGAAGCCUAUGAUCAUCAUGUUAUCACCUUUCCACAUGCCUCCACUACUUUGCAGAUUGCCGAUAUCUUCACAAAUCCAUGCCACGCCAGCGCCAUCAUUUCCUCGUUGGCAAAUUGA